AAAUUUUUCCCUGGAACAAAACUAUCAAUAUAUUUUGAGAUAAAACAUCAUCAUUUUAAUUUAAAAAGAAAACGAUGAGAAUGAAUAAUAUUGUCCAGGAUAUUAAAAAACUUCAAGAUUCAUUGGAAAAACUUUAUAAUACAUCAUCGAUUAAUUAUAAUGGUAAUAUUGGACAACAACAACAACAACAACAACAAUCAUCAUCAACAAAUUUGGCACAUCAACAACUACUAAAAGAUGAUAUACGUAUUUUAUUAGAUGUAUUGGAAUGUCCUGUAUUCGAAUCAAUCGUAAAUGUUCAGUAUUCAUUACAACAAUUACGUGAACAAUUUAUAAAUCAUCCGUCCUUAUUGCCAGUUGAUUUUGAUAUUGAUCAAACAACAUUAGAAUUAAAAUUAAAUCCAAAUAUACCAAAUGAUGAUAAUAAUAAUAAUAAUUUAUCGAUUAAUAUCAAUCAACAACAACAAUUGAAUAAACAUCAUCCACCAACAUCAACUUCUACAUUUAAAAAUCAAGAUAAUGAUAAAGUUGGAACAACGACAACAACAACAACGGCAGCAGCAAUAGCUGGAGAUCAUAAUCAAUUCGAUGAUUAUGAUAAUCGUACGAUACCAUCGAAAUUUUCAUUACAACAAUAUAUGUAUGAAAAUUAUGAUCAUCAAGAACAAUCAUCAUUAGGUGGUAGUGGUGGUGGUGGUGGUGGUGGUAUCCGUGAUUAUUGUGAACCAGAUUAUGUUAAUAUUUCAUCACAAGAUGAAACAUUUCGAAAAAUAAUCAAUGAAUUAGCCAAAGGACGUAUGAUACAAACAGUUGAAUUAUAUAAACCGGAAGGAAAAAGUCUUGGUUUUAAAGUUGUUGGACUUAAUCAUCAAUCUGAUUCGUUGGCUACUGGUAGUGGUGGUACAAAUAAUAAUGUUUCGAAUAAUUCUGUCGUAUCGGAAUCACAACAACAACAAAUUGGCCAUCAUCAUUUUGAUGAUUUGGCUAAUAAUAAUAAUAAUAAGAAAUUGGGAAUUUAUAUUCAAGAAAUACAUGAAAAUGGAAUUGCUGCAAGAAGUGGCCUAUUAAAACCACGUGAUCAAAUAUUGGCCAUUGAUCGUCAUUUAUUUACCAAUGAUCUUUCACAUGAAGAUGCUAUCAAUAUAUUACAAAGUGCCAAAGGUGUUAUACGUUUGAUUGUUGCACGUUCAAAUGAUAACAACAACAACAACAACAAAGAUGAUGAUAAUAACGAUGAUGUUGUCGAUGAUAAUGCCAAAAUUACAACAACAACAACAACAACAUCGAUAUCAUCAACAACAACAUCACCGACAACAACAACAACAACCGUCCAUAAUGUUGAAGAUAAAUUCAUUACAUCAACAACAACGAUUAACAACAAUCAACAAUCAAAUUUAAAUUCAAUUAUAAAAACAUCGGAUACAACAUCUUUAUUAUAUAAUAAUAAUGAUGUAAAACGUUCAUCAUCGAAUGCAAGUGAUUCAUCAUCAAAUAAUUCAUCAUCAUUAUCAAUAGCCAAUAAUCAGAAUCAGAAUAAUAAUAAUAUGGUAUUGAAUACUGAAUGGAUACAGAUUGAUUUGAUUGAAUUAGAUCAAGAAAAUGAACAUGGAUUAGGUUUUGGUAUUGUUGGUGGACGAUCAUCGGGUGUUAUUGUUAAAACAAUUAUACCAGGUGGUGCAGCUGCUAAGGAUAAUCGUUUAAAAGUUGGUGAUCAUAUAUUACAAAUUAAUGGUGUUAAUAUGCGUGGUAUGACAUCGGAUCAAGUUGCACAAAUAUUACGACAAUCAAAUGGUCAACGUAUAAAAUUAAUUGUUGCACGUCCAGUUGAUCCAUCAUUAGAUCUACAAGUUAUACAGAAUACAUUAACAAUUGUACCAACUAAAUGUAUUAAUGAUCCAAUCGAGCUUGAAAAACAGAUACAUUUAUUAUCCAUACAACAACAACAGCAGUGUAAUCAAGAAAAUAUCGAUUACUUAAAUCAACAGCCAACAACAAAUGAUUUUAUCGACCAACAACAACAACAAAAUUAUCGUCAUAUAAAUGAUACUAAUAAUAAUAAUUUAAAAUCAUCAUCAUCGAAUAAUUUAGUGGCCAAUGUAUCGGAUAUAUUAAGCUCAACUAAUGAUCCACAAUUUCAAUCAGAAAUUGAAACAUUUGAAGUUGAAUUAAUCAAAGAUCAACAAGGAUUGGGUAUUACUAUUGCUGGUUAUGUUUGUGAAAAAGGUAAAUAAAAACAAACAAAAAAAAAAUUUCCAAAUAUAGUUGCUGAAGAAAUUUCCGGCAUUUUUAUUAAAAGUAUUGCUACGGGAAGUGUUGCUGAACGUUCGAAAAUGAUACAGAUAAAUGAUCAGAUUAUUGAAGUUGAUGGACGUUCAUUAUAUGGCUAUAAUAAUCUGCAAGCUGUCGAUUUAUUACGUAAUACUGGAAGAAUUGUUAAAUUAAAAUUAGCACGUUAUGUAAAAGGAUCUAAAUAUCAUGAUCAAAUACAAAAAGGUGUAAUGAAUGCCGAACAACAAUUACAAGCAACAGCGACAACAACAGUACGUACAAAUAAUGGUCCAACAGUGAUUCAGAUCAAUAGUCAACCAUCGAUAAAUACAUCGAAUUUAAUGACAAGUGGUCCAUCAUCGUUAGCUCAUCGAUCACCGAAUGAUUUGCGAGAAAAAUGGUCAACCAUUGUUGGACCAGAUUUUGAUAUUAUUAUUGCAAGCGUUACAAAAUUCUGUCAUGAUGGUGGCCUAGGCAUCGGUCUUGAAGGUGUAAUCGAUAUUGAAAAUGGUAAUGAAUGUCGUCCACAUCAUUAUAUUAAUUCGAUCAUACCGAAUGGUCCUGUCGGUCGUAAUGGUUUAUUGCAAAAAAAUGAUGAAUUACUUGAGGUAAAUGGUAUUCGUUUACAUGGACUUAAACAUUCCGAUGUAUUACCUUUGCUCAAAGAUCUUCCUAUCGAAGUACAAUUAGUUUGUGCUAGACCAAAGCCUACAACAAUAACAAGUGCCAAUGAUAUUAUAACUACAAUCAAUAAUACAAAUAACCGAAAUCCAUUUGUCGUCCAAAUACCCACAAAAACAACACAACAACAACAAUCAACAAUUGAUAUUGCCAAAUUUAAUACUACAACAAACAUCAAUGAUGUUGGUUAUCCAUCAAUUUCACCAUCUUCAUCAUAUCAGUUACAUUUUCAACAACAACAACAACAACAGCCACAACAACAUCAUUUAGAUCCAUCACCAAUGUCAGGAACAUCAUUUAUUGAUCGUUUAGUUAAAGCCAAAUCGGAUGGUUCACUUGCAAUGAUGACAACACCAAUUGCCGGUACAUUUACUGGUCUUGAUGAUGAUGUAUCGAUUACUGAAUUAUCAAAAAUACGUUCACGUUCACUUGAACCGCUUACUGGGUUAGCAAUGUGGAGCCAAGAACCACAAGUAAUUAAAUUGAUGAAAGGAGAUCGAGGUCUUGGUUUUAGUAUCCUAGAUUAUCAGGAUCCAAUGAAUCCAAAUGAUACGGUCAUUGUAAUACGUAGCCUUGUACCGGGUGGUGUUGCACAACAAGAUGGUCGCCUAUUACCCGGUGAUAGAUUAUUAUUUGUAAAUGAUCAAAAUCUAGAGAAUGCAAGCCUUGAUCAAGCUGUACAGGCAUUGAAAGGAGCACCAAAAGGUGUCGUUAUUGUUGGCGUUGCAAAACCAUUACCAUUACCUGAAAGUGCAUUACAUUUAGCAGCUGCAGUAGCAUCAUCAGCUACAAUUACAAACAUCGAUAAUGAUAAAAAUCUAGUAACACAGGAAAACUACAUUCCGAAAACAAUCACCGAUAUUGAUGAAGAAAAAUUUUUCGAAUCAAUUAAUGAUAUGGAUGAAAAAAUUGUUGAUAAUCAAUUCGUUGUUGAUGUCGAUGAUGUUGUUCAUGAUCAUCAUAAUGAUUUAAUUAUUCCUCAUGAUCAUGACAUUCAUAAUUAUAAUGAUGAUCAUCAUGAUAAUAAUAAUGAUGAUGAUGAAAUUGACAAUGUCAAGCAAAAAAUGAUGGAUGCUAGAUUAACAUCGAUGCCUAAACGACAACAACAACAACAACAGCAAAACAAGUCGAUAGCCAAUGCUAACGGCAUAACGGAUAUGAUGGAUGAGAAAUAUCAACAACAACAACAACAAACAAAUGAAAUUUUAACGACAGAAUCAUCGCCAUUGAUGAUGGAUAACAUUAACAAACAACAUCAACCAAGUGUAGUGAAUAAUGAAAUGAAUGAUAUUAAUAGUAGAAAAAUUUUGCCAUUAAAAACUGUUGAUCAGGAUUCGAAUAUUUGUACGACGACAGCGAUGAUGACGAAAACAACGAUGAUGACGACAACUACGGCAACGACGAAGAUGGUGUUGCCACUAUCAUCACCAAUUUCGAAUGACAAAAACGACACCACGAAGAAUAAUUAUUCACAACAUCAGCAACAACAACCAUUACAGAAGCAGCAACAACAACAACAUCAAAAAGAGCGUAAAACAUCAACAUUAUCAACAUCAUCGAUCAAAUUGAAUGAUAAUAAAAUAUUGUUGAAUAAUUUUACAUCAUCAAAAUUAUUAUUACCAACCACAUGGGAACAAACAAUACGUUUGACCAAUGAUAGUCAAAAUACUUAUUAUUAUUUAGGAAUGAUUCUAUCAUUAGCUGAUAAUUCAUCAAAUGGUUAUAUUGUAAAAAGUAUUGAUCCAAACGGUGUUAUCGGUAAUGAUGGUCGUAUUCAUAUUGGUGAUUAUAUUGUUACAUUGAAUGGAAAAUCAUUACGUGGAUUAUCGAAAACCGAUGUAUUGGCCAUAUUAAAUGAUUGUGAACAACAAUUACAACAAUGUAAAAAUGAUGAUAUUAUAAUCAAAUAUAUACCAAAAUCAGUGAUUGCCAAUUGUUUAACAACAACAACAACAACAAUGAUGAAACCUGAAACAACAGCUACCAUACAUGAUGAUGAUGAUGAUGGUGAUGAAAAUUCUAAUAAACAAGACGAUGAAGAAGAAGAAUCUUGCAAUCAUCGAAUUGAAAACGAUAAUUCAUUAGAAAAUCGAUAUGAAAAUUUAAAAAUUGAUAAAAAUUCAUCAUUGACAAAUACGACAAUGAAUUCCGUAAGAAAACAACAAAAUUCCAUUUCUUUAAUCAAAUCUAGUGAAGAUGAAUCAAUGAAAUCGCAAAAGCAACUUGCCCAAUCAUCCAUUACGAAUGAUUCUAAUGUCGACGAUGAUGAUGAUGAUGAUGAAAUUUAUGAUAAUGAAAACAAUUCAAAUCAACAAAGAACAAUAUUGGCUGAAAAAAUGUUUGUAAAAAAUGAUGAUACAAUGACAAUAUCAUCAUCAUCAUCAUCAUCCGUUGCUAAACAAUGGGGUGAGGAAAUUUUUGUCGAAUUAAUACGAAGUGAAACAAUUGGAUUCGGUAUCAGUAUUAUUGGUGGAAAAGAAAUGACCAAUAUGAUUUUAUUAGAUAAUGAUAAUAUGAAUCAAAAUACAGCUACAGCAGCAACAACAACAUUAUUUUUAUCAGGAAUAUUGAUAAAAAAAAUUCUACCUGAUAGUCCAGCAGCUAAAUGUGGUCUAAUUAAAAUGGGUGAUCGUUUAUUACAAGUUGAUGGUAUCGAUCUUCGUCAUUCAACACAUGAUAAAGCUGUUGAUGUAAUAAAAAAAGCAAAAAGUCCGGUAAAAUUUUUGAUACAAUUAUUAUUACCAUUGAGUAAACAACAACAACAACAUAUUAUUCAAUUGAAUAAUUCUUCACACCAACAACAACAGCUAUUAAUCAAUGAACAAUCAUCCGAUUUGAAUGAUAAAAGCAACAACAACAACAACAAAAAUAAAUUAUUUACAAAUGAUGAUGAUGAUGAUCUUCAUGACAACGAUGUCGAAACUGUUUAUAUUAAUGAGAAUAAUUCAAAAAGAAUGAAUAAUUCUAAUGAUAAUGAUGAUAUGAAUACGAUUGAAAGACAAAUAUCAUCACAAUCAUCAUUUCAAUCAUCGACAUUAACAUCAAAUAAUAAUAACAACAUAUGCCAAAAACAAGAUGAAGAUGAAUUGACUAUGUCGAAAAUGAAUCGUUCAUUUAUCGCAUCAACAUCAACAACAUCAACAACAGUAACAGCAACAGAAAAACAUUCACAUUUAUCAUCAGCAACAUCAAUAGCAACAACAACAACAACAAAUGAACAAGAAUCCGUCAUGAAUCUUGUUAAUGUUAAUCAUGAUGAUGAUGAUGAUCAUGAUAGUGAUGAUAGAAUGAUUGUUGUCAAACAAAAGAAUCAUAAUAAUAAUAAUAUUAAAGUAUCAUCAACAGCAAAAAUCUGUGAAGAAUCAUUAAAAGAUGAUGAUGUUGUUGAUGAUGAUGAUGAUGAUGAUGAUGAAAAAUUUUCACAAACAAGUGCAGCAAACAUACAGCUAACACAAUAUGAAAUAAAUGAAUCAUUGCCUACGGAUAUUAUUGAAGAUGAAUUUGGCUAUUCCAUUAAAAAAAUUCGUAAAAAAUAUUCCGAUAUUGAUGGUAAAACUAUAUUGGUCGAUCUACAUAAAGGAAUGGCUGGUCUUGGUAUUAGCCUGGCUGGUAAUCGUGAUCGUACAAAAAUGAGUGUUUUUAUUUGCGGUAUGCAUCCAAAAGGUAGUGCAUAUAAAGAUGGUCGUCUUUGUAUUGGUGAUGAAAUACUUGAGGUAAACGGAAUUGUAUUAUAUGGACGUAGCCAUUUAAAUGCAUCAGCUAUUAUUAAAAGUUUAGCCUGUCCAACAUAUAGAAUUAUUGCAUUAAGAAGAGAUGGUGCCUUGGAUGAAAUGGCUGUCAAACCAUUGACACAAUUUCCCGUACAUUUAAAUGAUUUUCUUGAAGAAAAAUAUUGUAAAUUUAAAGGUGUUCGUACGAUUACCGUUCGUAAGGCAACACAAGGUUUAGGUAUAAUGAUUAUCGAGGGAAAAAGGCCAGAUGUUGGUCGUGGUGUAUUUGUAUCCGAUAUACAAGAUGGUAGUCCAGCUGAAAAUGCUGGACUUUCAGUUGGUGAUAUGAUAUUAUGUGUAAAUCAUAUUGAUCUAAUUGGUGCCGAUUAUGAAACGGUAAAUAAUGAUUUUUUCUUUCGUUGUUGUUGAUAAAAAUAGGCUGCUAAUGCUUUAAAAUGUGCCGAAGGUUUAUUGACAUUAGUGAUUGCUAAACCGAUAAAAUUAAUGCCAUAUGAAUAUCAACAACAACAACAACAAUCAUCAACGAAAACAACAACAACAACAACAACUAGCUUAAAUAUUUCAGAUCAACAACAACAACAUCAUCGUCAGAAUCCAUCCGAAUCGAUAAUGAUUGGUGAUCAUCAUCAACAUCAACAUGCAAAUAAAAUUCAAGUAUUGUCUAUGAAUCAAGAAGAAUUGAUAAAAUCUUCAUCAUCUGCAGCUGCACUUAGAUCUGAUUUGAAAAGCACAAUAAUCAAUACCAACACCACCACCACUAGCACCACCAAUACAACCACAUCUUACCAUCAUCAUGACAAUGAUAAUUUAUUCCCAAAACAACAGCAUACAAAUUAUAAUAACAAUUCAAUGAUUGAAAAUGAUAUUGAAACAAAAUUGAAUGUUAAUAAUAAUAAUAAUAAUGAUGAUGAUGAUGAUGAUUUAAUAAUAAUGUCAAAUGCAAAUAUGACAGUAUCGUUAUUGGAUAAUAAUAAUAUGCAAACAACAAUAAUAACAACAACAACACCAUCAAAUAUAAUGAAUUGCACAAUCACAAUGAAUGCACCAAAUCAAUCUCAACCAUCACCUUCUUUUUCAACUUCUUCUGCUUCUUCACAUCAUUAUCCUUUUCCAUUACAAUCACAAUUAUUUUCAUUACAACAACAACAACAACAACCAUCCGAACCACAACCACCACCAUCUGUGCCAUUAUCAUAUGAUCUAGAUUUAUUAAAUAGUAAAAAUCUUUACCACAAUAUAACAACACCAACAGCAACUAAUAAUAAACAAACAAAUAAUUUUAUUAUUGAACCAAAAUCAUUGAUGAUGUUGAAUAAUAUGCAUCAACAACAACAACAACAACAUACAUCUGCCAUCGAUAAUACAUCGAUGAUUAUAAAUGAUAAAAUUAAUGAUUCAUUAUCUUGUUAUUCUAAUCUUGUUACCUCAUCAUCAUUAUCAUCAACAACAAUUCCAACAACAAUUCCAACAACAACAACAACAACAGUGUUAUCAAUGCCAAAGGGUAAAAAUUCUUCAUCAUUUUCUAAUAAUGAUAAAUUAAUUAUAAAAUCACAAUCAACAAAUGUAAAUACAAUCGGAGCAACAACAACAACAGCAACAUCAUUAUCAUCAUUAGCUGCUGGCAUUAAUAUUGAAUUACAAUCAAAUGAUUAUAAAACCUGUCCCGUACGAUUAGGUGAUGAAACAACUAUUGAAAUUAUUCGUGAAAAAAUGGGACUUGGCCUUAGUAUUGUUGGUGGAUCUGAUACGCCUCUGAAUACUGUGAUAAUACAUGAAGUAUAUCCAAAUGGUGCAGCAUUUAUUGAUGGCCGACUUAAACCGGGUGAUCAAAUACUUGAAGUAAAUGGUGAAAAUUUACGUCAUGCAACACAUGAACAGGCAAUAAAAGCGUUGCGACAAACACCACCUAUUAUAAAGAUGAAAAUUUAUCGUGAUAAAAAUGAUGAUGAUGGUGAUAACAUUGAUGAUGAUUUUAAUCAAGAAAAUUUAGAUAUUUUUGAUGUAAAAUUGACAAAAAAACCGGGAAAAGGUCUUGGUCUAUCUAUUGUUGUACGACGUAAUGGUAAUGGUAUUUAUAUUAAAGAUAUUGUUGAAGGUGGUAUUGCCGAUCUUGAUGGUCAUCUUAUGAUUGGUGAUCAAAUUAUACAGGUAAAUGGACAUGAUUUGACCAAUGUUGAAGAUGCUGCAUUAAUGCUCAAAACGGCCAAAGGAGUGAUAAAUUUAAAAAUUGGACGAUUAAAAUGUAAUCAUCCACCAUCACCAUUGCCACUUACAUCGCAACAACAACAACAACAACCAUCAUCAACAACAUCAUCAAUGAAUUUAAAUAAUUCAAAAUAUGAAGAAUUAUCUGUCGAUGAAACCAAAGAAAUCGUAAUUGAAAAAGGAUCGGAUGGUUUAGGUUUUAGUAUUGUUGGUGGUUAUGGAUCAAUACAUGGUAAUCUACCAAUUUGUAUACGGAAAAUAUUUCCAAAUAGUCCAACAUCAAUAGAUGGUCGUCUAAAUGAAGGUGAUAUUAUACUUGCUGUUAAUAAUAUUGAUAUUACAAAAUUAUCACAUGAUAAUGUUGUUGAUUUACUUAAAAAUGUUAAUGGUAAAGUUAAAUUAUUAAUUUAUGAAAUGAAUAAUAUAUCAACAACAACAUCAACAUCGUAUUAAAAAAUCAACAAAAACCGAAAGACAAAACAGAAAAUCUAUUUUUUUAUCAAAUCCGGAAAUUUGAUGAACGCGGGGAAUCCAUUAUAACCGCACACACACACACACUUAUCGCCUUAUAUAAAUAAAUAAAAACAAAACAAACAAA